AUGUCGUCUACUAGUAUGGAUAUUGAUAUCUUUGCUAAAUUGGCAAAAUUGCCACUGGAGAUUAUUACAAUUAUCCUUGAUUACUUGCCUAAAUGUAUUUUGCCAAAACUCUUGUAUUUGUCGCCAAUUAGGAAAAUUGUUGCUUCUGCAAUUUUAUUGGACGUGGAAAUCACUGAACAUGUCAAAAGGCACGAAAGGAGUAACGAGCCAGGCGUUGGAUUCUCCAAGUGUGACUGUGAUCAUAUGACAUUCCAACCAGAAUGUUUGAAACAGGGUGUCAACCAAUGGAAGAUAUUUCCGAGGAUUAUCCACUUAGAGUACUUUUUUGCAUUUAAAUUGACUUAUAAAAUUUUUCCAGAGGUUUUAUAUAAAGCUCUGAAAGUUAAUGCUACUUUUUUUGGUUAUGAUAGUUGUGACCCUGAUUCAGAUUUAAAGCAUUUUGCAGAAUCAAAAGUCAAGUUUGAUUCGCUUACUUUGCAAUCUUGUGAGCAUGUAAGUGAAUUACCCACUGUUGUUACAAGUCUUGAAUUAGACGAGACGAUAUUGGAUAACUAUGAAAUUGAUGGGCUAAAAAAAUUGAUAUUGGAUCUGUUUGGUUACGAGAAUACAACAACAGAGUAUUCGUUCGCUUCAUCUUUGGAAGACUUGACCAUCUUAGACUACAAAAUAACUAAAAUAACUUUGCCUCCAAACUUACGCAGAUUGUAUAUCAGUACAUUCCUAAAAUCAGUAGAUUUUGUAUCUGAGGAAAUGCCUCACUUGGAGUAUUUGCUGCUUUCGUUGCCGGAUGUCAAAAGCCUUGAAGAUACUGGAAUACAUGCUCCUAACUUGAAAACUCUUGAAAUAAACAGUCGUUAG